ACUAAGGCAUUGACUCUGGAUAGGAUUUUGUAUAAAUGGUUAACAGACAGGAGGACUGAGAAGGUAAAAGCUACACAGAAAGUUUACUGGGUAGUGGAUUGAAAUAGUUUCCUUAUGUGAGGAGGUGUUGAGUUACAGCCCAAGGACUGAGAGCUGGGUGGAGAGAAGAAAAACAUCUGAUCUGCAACCUUUUCCUCAUCUUAGGGUAACGUGUACAAUAGUUAAAUGAGACAGACCAAGGAAGUAUAAUGUGGAGCUUAUAUUUGUUGCUUCUUCGGUGACUUAAUGCCUGUGUUUACUGAGGAUAUGAAAAUGAAAUGCAGCUGGAUUAAUCAUGAAAAGCCGAGGAGACGCACAUGCCCUGUUGUAAAAUGCCACGCAGGCAAAGACUGACAGGCAGCAGGAUCUGAAGUUUUCCCUGAAUCACUAUUCAGACGUGUUCCAGGGAGAGGAGGCUGUAUAACUCCUUGGCUCCUUAAGGUAAGAGGCUCAGGGGGCAAGUGCCAGAGAGAAGACAGAUAAACUUAAAGAUGAAUAAAAUCCGGAAGUUUUUCCGAGGGAGUGGGAGAGCUCUUGCAUUUAUAUUUGCUGCCUCUGUCAUCUGGCUGAUCUUUGACAUGGCAGCUCUCAGGCUUUCAUUCAGUGAGAUUAACACCAAGGUUCUCAAAGAGGAGAUGAUCAGGAGAGAACGGGAAAAGUUCAGAGUUUGGCGCAGCCCAGAGAAGAUCCCCGAGAGCACCAGAAAGGAACCAGAACUGCCCCCAAAGGGCUGGGAAAGGGGGAGGCUCAGCAAUGAGGAAUUUAGAAAUAUAGAAGAGAAAAUGGUGAAGGCUGUAAACAAAAUAGACAAACACAUGAAUGAAAAGAAGAUACCAAAAGCAACAGAAAAGAUAAAUGCAGCCUCUAAAGCAGCCUAUGAGAAAAUGACUGCACUUGGGACCAUCCCAGUAAAAUUGCUGAGCCCCCAUCCCUCUGUUCCCAUGGAAAAGGCAGGGAGAGAAAAGCAUGAAAAGGCUGCAAACUCCACAGAUCUGCUGAAAACAAAGCAAUCAGUUCCCAAAAGGAUUCAACAGAUUCCGUUAGUAACAGCAACAAGGAGAUCAGUUGUCAAAUUAACACACAGAGCAGUUUCUGUAAACAACAAAGUUGCACAAAAAGUGUAUGAUCCUGUAACAAAGGCAUCAAAGAGAAAGGAAGGCAAAUUAAAAAUUCAGCUUACAGAUAAAGCCUCUUUGGCUGGAUUAGAAAAGGAAUUGCCUGCUGGGAGAAACCUGAAGGAACCCCAAAACAAAUUCCCACUACCAGACUUGCCAGCUCCUAGGCAAAACAUCCCUGCAAACCCAAACAGGACAGAGAUGAAAGCACUAAAUGCUUCAUACCUACCUGUCAGCAAACUGGCUGCUGCUACCAGAGCAGAGAAAAAGGGAUUGUCUAUAAAUGCAACAGAACUGGGAAACCUGCCAAAAGAAGAUGAAUCAAAAGUUGCUCAUGAAAAGAAACCAACUUCCUCUGAACAUCAGUUUGUCAUUAUUAAUAAAGAUGGUAUCAAAAUGAGCAGCCCAGUGUCCCAGGACCUCAUACCCAACUCAAAAGAAUACUUGCCAAAGAGACCAGAAAAGAGUAUAAAACAGCAACUUGUUAGCAACAAAAGUGAGGACAACCUUAACGUGAAUAUUGUAAACAAAGCAUCAGUUCUUAAGCAUCGAACUAGGAAAGCAAUUUUGACUGAAGAUCUACAGCUAGCAAAAGUCCACAAAGUCAAUUUAACUGAUAAGGACCCAAAAAAGAAAACAGAUGGAAGAAACAGUACAGCUCAAUUGAGAAGAAAUACUGAGAUGCACAAAGUUUUAACCGUUGAUGUGACACUUUUCCCAAGAGAUCCCAAAGCCCCUGGUCAGUUUGGCCAUGCUGCUGUAGUCCCUGAUGAUAAGCAAGAAGAGGCAAAAAGCAGAUGGAAAGAAGGAAACUUCAAUGUCUACCUCAGUGAUUUAAUCCCAAUAGACCGAGCCAUUGAUGACACAAGGCCUGCUGGGUGUUCAAGACAAUUGGUCCAUAAUGACCUCCCAACCACCACAGUUAUCAUGUGCUUUGUGGAUGAAGUGUGGUCCACUCUUCUACGCUCAGUUCAUAGUGUCCUCAAUCGAUCUCCUCUACACCUAAUUGAAGAGAUUAUUCUAGUGGAUGACUUCAGCACUAAAGAGUAUCUCAAGGACAAUUUAGACAAAUAUAUGUCACAGUUCCCAAAAGUGAAGAUCCUUCACCUGAAAGAAAGACAUGGCUUAAUAAGAGCCAGACUGGCAGGGGCAGAGAUUGCUAAAGGUGAUGUACUGACAUUCCUAGAUUCUCAUGUGGAAUGUAAUGUAGGAUGGUUGGAACCACUUCUAGAAAGAGUCCGUAUAAACAGGAAGAAAGUGGCAUGCCCAGUUAUUGAAGUAGUCAGUGACAAGGACAUGAGUUAUAUGACAGUGGACAACUUCCAACGUGGGAUUUUUACUUGGCCAAUGAAUUUUGGGUGGAGGCAGAUUCCUCAGGAGGUUAUUGAAAAGAAUAAAAUCAAGGAAACAGAUAUAAUAAGGUGCCCUGUAAUGGCAGGUGGAUUGUUUUCCAUUGAUAAGAAGUAUUUUUUUGAACUUGGAACAUAUGAUCCUGGACUGGAUGUUUGGGGAGGUGAAAAUAUGGAGAUUUCAUUCAAGAUCUGGAUGUGUGGAGGAGAAAUUGAGAUCAACCCAUGCUCCAGAGUUGGACAUAUUUUCAGGAAUGACAAUCCCUACUCCUUCCCUAAAGAUAGGAUAAAGACAGUGGAGCGGAAUUUGGCUCGUGUUGCAGAGGUCUGGCUAGAUGAGUACAAAGAACUAUUCUAUGGACAUGCCUACCACUUAAUCCUGAAAAACCUGGAUGUCGGAAACUUGACUCAACAAAUACAACUGCGAAAGAAACUUCAGUGCAAAAGCUUCAAGUGGUAUCUGGACAAUGUCUACCCGGACCUGGAAGCUCCUCUUGUCAGAGCAAGUGGGCUGAUUGUUAAUAUAGCAAUGGCUGGAUGUAUUACAGUGGAAAAUUCUACUCUAACUUUUGAGACUUGUGAAAUUAAUAACAAGAACCAGAAGUUCAACUAUACUUGGCUGAGACUGAUUAAACAUGGAGAUUUCUGCAUAGCAUCUGUAGAUGCAAAAGGAACAUUGGGCCUGUACCCUUGCGAUAACAGAAACAAUAGCUUGAAAUGGAUACAUAAAUCACUGGUCUCCUUUCAAGUAAAGCUCAUGGAUCACAUCGUUUUAGAACACCUUCAGCAGCCAACAUGUCUGGAAGUGGAUCAGUCUCACAAAGCCCUGAGGGUAAAUGCUUGUGACUCCUCAAAUCCUUAUCAAAAGUGGCAGUUUGGAAAUUACUAUGCUAACUGAAGAGAACAUGAUCAAACACGAAACAGAGCGUUCUAAUCUUGUGAAUUCAAGAAUGUCAUCUGUAAGACUUGAAACAGCAAUUACAAAGUUGGAGGUUCAUUUCCCCAUGGUAAUUGAAAUCCAUAAUUUAAACCAGCAUAUUGAAAGAUGAACAUAUCAGGCAGCAGUACAUCUGGUUUAAUGAUGUUUAAGACACGCAGGCAUGUUUUUCACUCACUGGUGGGCAUUUUGGGGAAGGCAGAAUUAAAAAGGAUGUCUUUUUUUCUGUAAAUAGAAUAUUUUCCUAAAUUCUUCAUCUCAUCAUAAGCAGGCCUAAGACAAUUUACUUCAGGAAGAAAUGCAACCUAUCUGAAAGAGUUGCAGAGCUUGAGCAUUCUAACUGUAAGUACCAAGUGACCUGCUGUUUGGGAGAUCUGCUUUUAUUAGGGUCAGUUUUUCUACAAGCCAACAAAAUGGGAGCAUCAUAAGACUAAAAUUUAUCCUAAAUGCCUGUGUUCAGCCUAAUAACAGCAGCUUGUUCCCAACCAAGUAGAUUCAUUGCUUCUGAAAGGUAAAUGUCUGGACCCAUUUUUUUAAAUUGGUUUCCUUUGACAAAUACCUUUUUUCUAACCACAGGAAACAAAAUCCUUAAAUGCCUUAAAAGUUACAGCAAGCUAGACCGUGUAUGGACUGUACUUAUACAUAGAAGGAACUUGAAUUUGCUACCUUGAUUUUUUUCUUCUGCUUCCCAGAUGAGGAAGAAAAAGUCUGUUUGAAAAAGCCAGCCUAUUUAACCUGUAGGUGGGAGUUGCCUCAUAUAUACCUCUACAGCUAACUUUCUGGUCAGUACUGGAGCACCAUCAAUGCAGUAACUUUUAAAGAAACUCUCCUUCCAACCCUCCUCACAGAAAAGGAAGUUUGUCACAGUAAUAAAACAUGAAAAUGCCAGAGUCCAGCUCAUAAUGUUGAGAACUGCACUAAAGUCAGCUAGAAGUUAUCAUAGAAAAGGACGGUGGAAUCUGGCAUUUCCUGUUCUUGAUAGAAGGCUUAGUCACAUAUACUUCACAUGGGAGGUUGGUUUCAAUGCGGUGCAGGACAAGUAGAACUUACCUUAACACUUAUGUGGAAUAAAAUACCUUCUGAACAGAA